AGCCUCCUGAUCCGAAGCAAAAUUUCCCCCGCAAUCACCCUGACAUCAUUGCCAAUAACUUUAUCGACAUAAUCAAGACUAGAUCAAUUUCGUUGGAAAAAGAACAUUAUAGAUCUAGGCGUAUAUGUAAUAAAAUAUAUUACAGCCCUAUGACAUCUUGGAAUCUUAUUUAAAACAGUAAUUUCCGAUCGAAUCAGGGAUUUUAUAGGAUGUUUUUUCCUAUUUUGUAUUACUUUUUAUAGAAACAGACGACAAAAACACUGCAGUUUGUCAAUUUGCAUUUAGCAAAUCUUGUUUAAAAGCUGCUCUUCUAUCGUCUGCUUCUUUGAAAUUUUGAGUGAGGCUGUUAACUAAAUUAUUCCAGUAUCUGAGUGCCACCAAGCACCAUGACAGGGACAAAUGAGACUUGCAUGCAUAACACCAGUGAUGAUUCCACGUGGAUUAUAUCUAGCGCCUUUAUUAUAUUCACCAUGCAGUCAGGUUUUGGUCUUCUUGAAAGUGGCUCUGUGUCUUCGAAGAAUGAAGUGAAUAUCAUGGUAAAAAACGCAGUCGACGUGAUUGUCGGGGGGUUGUCAUUCUGGAUGUUUGGGUAUGCCCUGGUCUAUGGUGAAGACUUCGGAAUCAGCAACCCGUUUUUUGGAUGGGGAGACUUUUUCGUCUCUACCCGAUCGAGGGAUGUCGGCUGGGUUUACUCAAAGUUCUUCUUCACUGCUUCUUUUGCUACGACUGCGACAACGAUUGUAUCAGGUGCAAUGGCAGAGAGAACCAAACUGGAAUCUUACAUGGUGUUUUCUAUGUUAAACACAUUUGCAUUUAGUAUCCCAGCUCACUGGGCAUGGGCAGAUAAUGGCUGGCUCACGUCGAUGGGAUUUAUAGAUGUUGCAGGAGCAGGACCGGUGCAUAUAGUGGGUGGUAUGACAGCAUUAAUUGCAGCUCUGAUGCUUGGACCUCGCAAAGGUAGAUUUUUAACCUCGAACCCAUCAACCUUUGGUUCUCCGACCAAUGCUGUUCUGGGGAUGUUCAUGCUUUGGUGGGGUUGGCUAGGUUUCAACUGCGGCAGUACUUUCGGUAUUUCCGGAACAAAGUGGAUACUGGCAGCAAGAUCAGCAGUAUCUACUAUAACGUCUUCAGUGGCUGGUGGGCUCACGGGUCUUAUACUCAGUUAUGUCAUGAAAUCACGCAAGUUCCUCCUUGAUUAUAUGAUCAACAGUGUUCUUGGCGCUCUGGUGGCUAUCACAGCUUUUUGCGCUCUGGCGUCACCGAUAGAUGGCAUCGUUAUUGGCUCGGUUGCAGCGGUACUCAGUUGUAUUUGCAUGGAACUGAUGAACAAAUUGAAGAUUGAUGACCCAGUCAGUUGUUUCAGCGUCCAUGCAGUCAACGGAGUUUGGAGUCUCCUCUCUGUCGGAUUGUUUAGUCGUGAAGACAUCAUUAAACAUAAUGAUGCUAAAUUUGAUGUGGAAGAUGGCUUGUUUUGGGGCGGUUCGGCAAGAAUCCUGAAAAUACAAACAGUAGCUGCUCUGGCAAUUAGUGGCUGGACAGUAGUGGUCAGUUAUAUUUUCCUAAAAUUUCUCCAACUCACCAUUGGUCUUCGUGUGAGUGAAGCGGAAGAAGUUUUAGGUGCAGAUAUUGUAGAACAUAAUUGUGGAGGAUUUUUCUACGACAAAAAAACGAAAAAGCUGAUAAACUUGAAUGAACAACCUGCCGAAAUCCAAAACGAAAGUGAAAGCGAUACUUCAGAUGAAGACGGGGAGACUAAAGAAGAAGAUGAAGAAGAAAAGAAAAAAAGAAAAGAAGAAAAGAAAAAACGCGCCAAUGAAAGGCAUUUGAGAAACUGGUGCCCUCAGCCACAACGGAGUCGUGUUUAUUUCUCAGCUAAACCAGUAUGUGAGAGAAAAUCAAGCAUAGUACCAUCAACUAAAACACAUUCACCUCGACUGAAAAGCUAUCGUAAAUCUUUUUUAGGGACUUUGAUAGGUUAUCGUAAUGUACUGAAGCCCAAGUCUGUGCGAAGGCGACGCUCUUCGGUAGUAAGCAGUCAAUCUACGUCAACCAAUACGUUAGGCGUAGACAAUUAUUCGUUCGAUAACAACAACGGUGUUCAAGAACAAUCAGAUAACAUGCCAAAUGCACCGACGGCUGGAAACAGUUCGCAAGACAAGUAUUCCGUAUUUACUGUAGAAAAUGAAAUGAACCGGCCAUCAAACGACUCAGAGCUGAGGGGUAUGCCGACCAGAGUUGGUUCAGUGUUACAGACUUACGCAAAUCCUUUGUUUGAGACUGAUUCCAAGAAUACUAAACUCUAGUCGGUCAAACGAGUUCACUGAACAUGACUGAAGUACAGUCUAGAAAGUAAUGAAGUUAGAAAAGGGCAGUCGGACUAUAGAGGGCGCCGACGUGUCGAUAGAAGAACGGGGUUUAUCUAUAGAAGCCAGCAGGCGACCUGUAGAAAUAUUGGCGAAGCUAUAGAAAGGCCGGUUCGACUAUAGAAGAAACAUUAUAUUUUUGUAGAUAAAUAGAUAACACUUGUACUUAAAAGUACAUAACCCAUCUCAUCGAGAGAAGAGGGGGAAAAAUUACGAGGUAUUUUUCAAAGAAUCUCAAUAAGAAAUUCAAAAUUAAUUGAAUUAUCUAAAACUGUUACAGCGUCUGUAGAAAUAAUGCAGAACAGAAUGGUGGAAUCUCGAAUAUAUUAUGCAAAGUAGAUAUGUAUAAUCUACCUAUUCAUCUAUUUAUACACACGUACACACACGGUAAAUGUAAUAUAUGUACGUAUUUAGGUGUACAUAUGUAUGUAUGUGUGUGAGUGUUAGUGUUGGGGAAAUAUGCUUGUGUAGAAUUAUACCUGUAAUUCAAAGAGUGAUCUUUGUCAUGUACUGAGUACGUCUAAGGAAUACUUUAAAUGUACCGGUGUCUGCGGAAUACCCAACAUUAAACUAUAAUUUAAUGAGUAAAUAGCUACAUUGAAAAAAAGACAAUUGGAACACACAUCACCGUCGAAAGUGAUGGAGGACCCGUUUAUUUACAACAAUUUCUUUCCUGUCCACUUUAGCCUUAUCAAGAUCCAUAAACACGCAAGUACGAAACUGUUCUUCGCCAACUGUGUGAAAGCAGACUACAGUGUAUCCCAUUCCCAAAGACUAAUACCCUUCUGCUAUACCAACUGUCUAAUUAUUGUCCUACUAACUAACAUCUUAAAGGUGAUUGAAAUGACCCCCAAAGAAUACCAUUUCCUUCAUCAUCUCGAGUUUUUCUUUCCAUCUAGUAACCACCACUGCAGUUUCCGUACAGCUAGAUCUAAGACCCAACUUCCCUAUGUCAUUUAGCAAAGUUUUACCCUCUGAGAACUUUUACGAAUGCGAUCAUUGUUGCUUUUUACUUAUGCCGAGCUCAGGAACCUUCAUGCUAAGGUCUUCUAUGAAAGCAAUGUUUCUUAUCUCUCGAAUUGGUAACGAUACUCUUUUUAGUUCUUAUGCUUACGACUUCAGUGUAUCUCAAAGUUUUGUUAUGUCUCCAACACCCUUCUUUCCACACAAUAAUUACCAAUUUUAGUAACAUACACCUCUACGCAGAUGCUGCCGCUGUUUAAUUCCCUAUAAACUUCCGAACCCAUGUGUAAUCAAACAUAAAACCUAAACAGCCUUACUCUAAACAUUCAUUGUCUCCAUGUACAGAGUCUUUGAAGCGGCAUUACUCAACGGAAUCAAUACAUAGAUGGAAUAUAAAUAUCAAAGAAGCAGUCUUAGAUCACAUCUUGCCUUCAGAGGGACAGCAUAAUAUCUUAGGCAAAGGGUUAAGAGAAAUGGGGAGUAGUGUUAAUGCCACAAAAAUAUUUAAGAAAGCAAAGGACGACAAUAAAAUAAUUGAUUAAAAAUUUAAAGAAAAUGCUACGAAUUUAUAGUUAAAAAAAUUAUUAUAAGAACAGAUGCUAAUAAUUAUGGUAAAGCGGUGAGCAGGUAGAAUCGUUACAGCAUCGGACAUAAUGCUUAGCGGCAUUUUGUCUGUCAUUAAGUUCUCAGCUCAAAUUCCUCCGAGGUCCACUUUGUCUUUCAUUCUUUCGGGAUUGAUAAAAUAAGUAUCAGUUGAGCACUGGGGUUGAUCUAAUCGAUUUACCCUCUCCCACAAAAUUGCUGGCCUUGUGCAAAAAUUUGAAACCAAUAAUUAUGAAGAGUGAGCUGUCAAUAAAGGAGUUUAUAAAACGAUAUAAGAUUAUAUGGUGGUAGGAAAAAAACCGCUGAAAAUAUUAUAUACAGCAACAUUGAUAAAACUACAUUCAAAAAUUUAGGUUUUCCUUUCCUAACAUAAAUCAUUCAACUUGCAUCAUAAACUGAUUUCUUCAAAACUGAGGUGUAACACGAGUUGAAAUAUUCCUCACAUAUUUAGGACGACGCCGCCAAAGCAAAUCCGAAACACUUUAAGUACGCAACCAAAAAAAAUAUUUGACUCACUAGCCAACAGAAUGACCCUUCCACCCAUAUCCACUACCCAGUAUAAUUAUCUCUCUUUUUUUCUUAUCUUUACUGGGACUGAUUCCACCCCUAUCUCCACCCGAAUAUCGCACAAAAAAAAACAACUUUUCCUAGUCACUCCUCUGCAGAAGUUCUAGAAGUAUACUCUGGACUAUACAUCCAGUGUGUUUCUUUUUGAACUAGAUUGGAGACUUGGUUGAUAUUUCUAGCAGGUCGAGUGACCGUAUAGAGGCUCCAUCGUUGACUCGUCUCCAAAGUUGUUUUCUUAAUUUGAAACACAUCCUGAUAAACAACAACGCCUGGUUAACAAAUGUGGGUGUCCAAAAUGCAAUAUUUCAAUAUUUUUUUAAGUGACAAAAAUGAAACCAACGAAGAACACUUCCUAAAUUUAUGUAAAACAAAAAUAGUCGUAGUCUAGUCUUAAAAAAUUUGUUUUUUGUUGGGGGUUUUUUUCUAUCUCAAUUUUCCAUUAACGUUCGUUUUUUGUUCAUAUAUAUUUUACGAUUUCUUUUUCAACAGUUAUAUAUUCAGGAUAUCCAAAUGUAUUUCGCCUGAUUUUGAU